AUGCCUUUCUUAAAGGACACCAUGCCACUUGUAAAGGAACCACAGCAGCGGCCUGUGGGCCUGCCUUCAUGGUUCCUCCAGAGCCUGUUUGCUGCCUUCAAUGUGAUGUUGUUGAUCAUUUUCAGUGGACUUUUCUUCGCAUUCCCGUGUCGGUGGCUGGCUCAGAAAGGGGAGUGGGCCUUUCCCAUUGUCACAAGCCUACUGUUCAUCCUUACCUUCGUCAGUCUCGUUUCCCUCAACUUCUCAGACCCCGGAAUCUUACAUAGAGGCUCCAUGGAGGAGGACCCCAUGAUGGUACCUGUGGUGCGUGUGAACCACAGGGCCUUCUGCCUGCAGUGGUGCCCCAAGUGCUGCUUCCACCGCCCACCCCGGACCUACCACUGUCCCUGGUGCAACAUCUGUGUGGAGGACUUCGACCACCAUUGCAAGUGGGUCAAUAACUGCAUCGGUCAUCGAAACUUCCGCCUCUUCAUGCUGCUGGUCCUGUCCCUCUGCUUGUACUCUGGCACCCUGCUGGGCGCCUGCCUGCUAGUCCUGGUUCGCACUAGCCACCUGCUCUUCUCCACAGACAAGACCAUGCUGGUGCACAGCAUGCUGGUGGCUGUGCCCGCUGCUGGCUUCCUGGUGCGCUCCUUCCUGCUGCUGUUGACUCAGGCCAAGUCGGUGAGCGCAGGUGAGCGCUCCUGCGAGAGCAAGUGCAGAUACCAUCAGGGAUAUAACCCUUUUGACCUGGGCUGUGCCAGGAACUGGUAUUUAUCAAUUUGUGCACCACUGGGACCCAAGUACAUGUCUGAAGCUAUCUGUUUGCAGAGGGCUGUAGGGCCUGAGUGGAUACCCGAGCAGACUCCAUACUCACCUAGGUGGCCCCCUACACACUAUCCUCCAGAACUCCUUGAGCCCCAGCCCCAACCUCUGGGUGAGGCUGCAGUUCUCCAGAAGUUUGGCUCCAGCCCACUGCUGUCCCUGCUGCCAGAAGCUCCUAGACAAGGCUCGCCGCUCCGCACCGCACCCGGAGCCACUCGCACCUCCCAGUGGUAG